AGCAAAAGCACGGUAUGGUGGACUUUGCUAAGUUGAAUGCUUAUACAAGACACAAUAUAUAUUGACUGAUCAUAAUUGUUGCCUUAUGUCAUUCUGAUAUACGUAUACCUAAUUACUGAUGGAUUUUGCAUGAUUAAAAAGUGCAAUGCACAUGUUUGGUACUAUUUAUUUGAAUUAAUGCAGGAGAUUCUUUGGUUGACACUGUAUGGGUGAAUGUAUCUUUCUUGUAACUAAAUCUAUUUCUCCACUGUACUGUAUAUUUUUGUCCUUUUAAGUACUAUUGUAAUUGGUUAAAUUCUUUCUAUUGAGUUGCAGGAUUUAUGUAACUUACUAAUUGACUACUUGUGAUAAAAAAUUAAAAAAAAAACUUCACCAAUCCCCAUUUUUAAUCAAUGUUUUUAGAUGUUAUCAUCAUACUUGUUUAUUAUUUAUGUUUUUGGAAUAUGAAUCAUUCUUAGGACCUAGUUUUUUUUAUAGGCAUGGCAAGAGUUAUAUGGAUAAGUUGGGAUUUGUAAGCUUAACUGUCUGGAGCAUGAAAACAUGGAAGGCUAUGACAGUCCUUCCCCUUGGUGAAGAUCCUCCGGCAAUUACUUCCUUAUGCUUCAACCAUAACGGGAAGAUUUUAGCAGCUGCUGCAACUGAUGGAAUGAUUCAUAUGUUCGAUAUGUCUGCCGGACUACAAAUUACUGGGUGGCCGGCUCAUGAUUCUGCUAUUAGCUCUGUUCUUUUUGGGCCUGAUGAGACAAGUAUUUUUAGCUUGGGGAUAGAUGGAAAGAUAUUUGAAUGGAGCUUGCAAAACCAAGGUAAAAUUCUUUGGUCAAGAAAUUGCAGCAGGUUCUGUAAUCAUGCUAACUCUGAACAUAGACAUGAAAUGGCUUUAGAUGCUAAUGGGAAGAGACUGCUGGCAACAUCUGGUUCAGUGAGAGCACCCAUCUAUCAGGUAAAUCUUGAUUUCCCAUUACAUCUCUCUCUCCUAUCUCUAAAAUCAAUGGUUGUUAGAAUCUUGCGAUUCACAAUUCGAUUUAUACAAUUCGAUACGAGUUUUAUCCAAAACAAUCCGAUUUGAGUUGUUGAAUCUCAAAUUAAGUAAAUCAUACGAUUUC